CUAGGAAAAAAAAGAAAAAGAAAAAAAAGCUGUCACUCUCCAGUUAAAAAAAGAAAUUGACGACCAAAAAUGUUCUCAAAAUUCCGAAACGCAACUGAUAAGGCAAGAAAGCUUGCAAUAGAACACGAAAAUUGCUUACUACCUUUCAUUCCCUGUUUCAGAAACCUCAUAAACAUGGUAGAGCAGCAGAAUUCAUCUUCUAAAGUUCAAGCUUCAUAUGAGCUCUGCAGAAAGACCUUUACACCCUCGGGGGCACCUCCUUCUUCUAGUGCCAUCCAGAAACUCUGCUCUCUUUUGGACACAUUUGGCCCUGCUGAUGUAGGGCUUAAAGAGGAAAAUCGAGAUGAUCGAGGGCAUGGCAUGCUUGGACUUAAUCGGUUGAGUAGCGUUGCUCGAUGGGCUCAACCAAUGACAUAUGUAGAUGUUUAUGAAUGUGAUAGUUUUACAAUGUGUAUAUUCUGCUUUCCUACUUCUUCUGUUAUCCCACUCCAUGACCAUCCUAGCAUGACUGUUUUCAGCAAAGUUCUAUAUGGUUCAUUGCAUGUCAAAGCUUAUGAUUGGGUUGAGCCUGCGUGUUACCCAAAAAGCAAGGGGCCUGGUUAUCCUGCAGUAAGGUUGGCAAAGUUGACAGUGGAUAAAACUUUAACAGCUCCAUGUGAGACGUCAGUAUUGUACCCAAAACGUGGUGGGAAUCUGCAUUGUUUCACUGCAGUCACCCCUUGUGCUGUGCUUGACAUUCUUACACCUCCAUACAGAGAAGAUGCAGGCAGAAAAUGUACUUAUUACCAUGACUAUCCUUUUUCCACCUUCUCUAGAGGAAAUGGAGCUGAGAUAGAUGAUGAAAAAAUAGAUGAUCUUGCAUGGCUUGCAGAGAUAGACACACCUGAUGAUCUUUAUAUGCGUCAAGGAGCUUACACAGGACCCGCUGUUCAGGUUUAACUCUCAUCAUGUUUGAUCAAUAGACAUUACCUGUAAUUCUCUUCUCAUUUCUGUUUUAUAUCUCGACCCAGUAUCAUGUAAUUGCUGAGUCUAAGUGCAAUUUUUCAAACUGGAGAGGCGAUAGAAAUGCUAAAGUUUGAUCUUAAUAGAUAAUUAUCUUAAUUCCAUGGA